AUGAGCAUUGGAUACAAUCCUGACGCGGACCCUGACCCAACCACCCAGAUAGCAUGGCCAGCUCGGCACAGGCAGCGCACAACAUCCAAUCCUCAACUCGAGACACAAUCCCCUGAACACGCAUCAUACCAGGCGCUGGAUGGAAACGGCAAGCAGACGGACAGCUCUGUCAAGCAGCACGCAAGCGACCCCGGGCGAACACGCUUGAGUACAUGGAAUCUCAUGACCCUCAGUAUAUCCAUGGCUGGCGCCCAAAUUGCGUGGACGGUGGAGCUAGGAUAUGGAACUCCAUUUCUCCUGUCACUGGGGAUAUCAGAACAGGUUACCAGCCUGGUCUGGUUGGCUGGUCCUAUCAGCGGCCUAAUCGCACAACCUCUCAUAGGUGCAAUCUCUGAUUCGUCCACGUCGAAGUACCGGCGGAGAUACUGGGUGGUCUUAUCGACGGGUGCACUUGUCGUUUCGACGUUAGUUUUGGCGUAUUGUCAGAACAUCGCCGGUUUCUUUGUUGAUAUCUUCGGCGGAGGUGUUGGUGACUGGGAUCCAGAACGCACGAAGCAGGCCGCAAAUGCUGCCAUUGGCAUAGCUGUCUUCGCGUUUUACGUCCUUGAUUUCGCUCUCAACGCUCUUCAAGCAUCUUUGCGCAAUCUUCUUCUGGAUAUCACUCCUCCUGAUCAACUCAAUGCCGGUAAUGCAUGGCACAGCCGGAUGUGCCAAGCGGGUAAUAUCGUUGGCUACGGGUUUGGAUUUCUCCCUCUUGCAAAGCUGCCCUUCCUGAGCUUCCUGGGUGGCGAUCAGUUCCGAAAAUUCUGUGUUGUCAGCAUGACUAUCCUUGUCAUCACUGUGUGGAUCACUUGCUUCUGCCAUGAGGAGAAAGCUUCUGUAGCAAGGAAGAGCAGCCAAAGGCGGGGCAAGUUUGGUGAAGUUUUGGAGAACAUAUACAGUGCGAUCACGACGCUUCCGAGACCUAUCAGAAGGGUGUGUCUUGUGCAGAUCUUCGCUUUCAUGGGAUGGUUCCCUUUCUUGUUCUACUCCACCACCUAUGUCGGUCAAGUCAUGGCCUACGAGACAGGUGAGGAGCCGGAUAACGAGCUAGCCACUCGUACCGGUGAAUUUGCAAUGUUGCUGUACAGCAUAGUGGCUGUUCUUGCCGGAGGCGUACUUCCCAUCUUUGCCCGACGUGACCGUCGUCUUCUCCCUGUAGAAGGAGACGACGAAGAUGCUCAGAUUGAGCGCUUCCGCGAUAGACUUCACCUGUGGCGUCAGGAAGGCAUUACGACACUUCCAAAGAUGCCAUGGCUCCUCCGGGAUAUAUGGACGGCGGCGAUGAUCUUGUUCACCCUGCUAGCGUUCUCUACAUUCUGGAUAAGCACCGUCAAGCAAGCUACGGUUGCGAUAAGCUUGAUUGGAAUAUGUUGGGCUGUUGCAUGUUGGGUGCCGUUCGCCAUUAUCAUGGAACUGUUGAAAGAGAUGCAUGUCAAGAUUCCUCAUCUGCCUCAUGAAGUGGCGACUGAGGUUGCUGAACAUGAUCCUCUGCUCGGCCGCUCCUCAGAGGUCGAAUCAGAUCCUGAUGCUGAGGCCAGCGAUAGUGAAACCAGACCAGCAGGAGGCACAAUUCUUGGCAUCCAUAACCUUGCCAUUGUGAUGCCACAAUUCAUCAUUGCCAUAGUCUCCUCUGUGAUAUUCCGUAUCGUAGACGAAUCCGCAACUAUCGUCGCUCCCUCUCCCAAUCUCGAACCCGAUCACAACACAUACCUGGGCAAGAACGGCGUAGCAUGGGUCCUGCGGUUCGGAGGCUUGUGCACCCUGAUCGGCGCUGCUGCUUGUCGUAUGGUCCCACCCACCAAGACAGAGAAACAGAUGAGGAGUGGGCUUGCUGUGCUGAAGGAGCUCAAGGCUGAGGAAGAGCCUUGA